UCAGAAGAAUGUUGAAGCUUCACAGCAAGGAAUCUGGUUGUCAGCUUUGAAAAUACAAAUCCAUACAAUUCUAUUUAAGCUUAUACCCUAAAUACACAUACACACACAUAUACAAUAUAUACAUAUACCUACACAUAAGCCUUAAAUCUAUGCAAGAAGUAUUUCAACAUCUAUUACAUACAUUCUACAUUCACAUUCUACAUUCACAUAAACUGCUUAAGACUGCAAUUCCUCAAGUUUCCACCAUUUCUUGUAACAUGGAAGUCUCCCAGAGCAUUAACAUGUGAGAAAUUCUUCAGCAGUGAUGAUGGUAGGAAUAUUUUUUUUCCCCUUUGUGCUUCCAUACCGUCCAAUGUUCACUGUCUGCACACAAGAAAUUAAGGACUUAAGGAGUAACCAGUGAAAUCUUCAUAAUGGUCAGUAACCAAGGGCAAACCCCACCACCACAGGUAAAGUCUACAGAGGAUGAGGGAGACAAAAUCACUGUUGUACUCAGGGUACGACCUCUGACACCCUCAGAAAUCAGUCGCAAAGACAGUAACAUCAUCACAUUUCAAGACAGCUGUUCUCUUUUGAUUAACCAGGGUCACAACCAGAAGAAAUUCUCAUUUGAUGCUGUCUUUAAGCCAGAAGCUGAUCAGGAAGUAGUUUUUGAAGAGUCGGGAAUACAAAAACUCAUUCAAAUGGCAGUAGAAGGGUAUUCCUGUUUGGUGCUAGCGUAUGGACAAACAGGAUCAGGUAAAACACACACAAUGGUGGGAUCAUCAACACAGGCAUUUCUAAAAACUGACGUAUUUGGUGUUGUUCAAAGAGCAAUUCAUUAUUUAUUCUCAGUUUUUGAGCAGCAAGUUAAUAUCGAAUACACAGUGAAGGCUUCCCAUGCAGAAAUUUACAAUGAACAGAUUAUUGACCUGUUGAAUCCCCAACCAUGGCGCCAUUUAGCUCUCCGCUGGUCUAAGAAGAAGAAUUUCUAUGUAGAGAAUCUCUUCCAAGUGGAAUGUGAAUCAGUGAAUAAAUUGCUGUCAGUCUUGGAGGAAGGAUCGAGGAACCGUCAUGUUGGGAGCCAUCGUGCCAAUGAGCUUUCAAGUCGUAGCCAUGCCAUUUUCACAAUCAGCAUUGCGUCAAAGAUACGAGAUCCUACUGAUUCUGGUCUUUGGUUGACACGGAAGGGAAAGUUAAUCUUCACAGACCUUGCAGGAAGUGAGAAAGUAAGAAAUUCCUGCCUGUCUGAAGACAUAUUAACAGAAUCAAACAGUAUUAAUAAAAGUCUGUUAGUCUUAGGAAAGUGUAUUUCCAGUCUGAGUGACCCAAAGAAGAAAUAUGGACAUAUACCCUAUCGAGAUAGCAAACUCACCAAGCUACUUUCAGAGAGUUUGAGUGGAGCUGGAGUGGUUUUGCUGAUAGCAUGUAUCACUCCUUCGUCCUACAGUGUCACUGAAACCAUCAACACCCUCCGUUACAGUACCAGAGCCAAAUGUAUUCUAACAAAGCCAGUCGUUGCAUUCGACCCACGAGAAAAAUAUAUUGGGACUCUGAAAAAGGAGCUUCAGAUCCUGAGAAAUGAGAAUCAAUACUUGAAAAACCAGCUCUCGUUUCCAACAGUCUCCCAGAACCAGGUUCAAUCCAAAGAUAAACAAACGAUUACUGAAAAAUUGAAACAAUAUUCUCAAAUGACCCCAAAAUUGGUUGAGAGUUCCCUUUAUGAGAUGCUGCAGGAAUAUAUGGUAGAAAAUGAGUCAUUAAGAUCUGAGAACAGACAACUCUACCAGGAAAAUGGUGGCCUCCUCCAAGAACAGAAGCAGCUGUAUAAAGAGAAUGAGACUCUUCUUUAUCAACUGGAGCAACUGGAGAGAAUGUCUGGAAUGUCCAUGUAUGCAAACCAGAAAGACAGGUGGCCAUCAUAUCAAACACCACCUCAACUCACUAACGCUAAUGAAAGAUUUGGAGCUGGAUACAAAACCAAAACCACCACCGCUUACGGACAGGGAAAUGGUCUCUAUCUCCUGGACCCAAUCUACCCCAUGAGCAACUCCUUUGAUUACCCAAAUCAUUUUCCAGGCAGGAAUCACAUAAAGCAUUCAGACAUGACCAUUAUGAAACCAACUCCUCUCCCAAGAUCUUCAGACAAUUCCAUCAGGCUAUUACAAAACUCCAACAGGUUUCCAAGACAAUUGCCACAGAAGCAUUUUUUUAAAAGAGAAUCCUAUCCAAGAAGUGUUCUACCAAACAACAAACAAUGGAACUCAGUUGAUUCUGUUGAAAUGUUCAACCAAAGACUGCGAGAAGAACUAGCAGCAAUUGAUGGGGAAAUCAAAUACGAACAGAUAAGUCAAGCAACUUCAAAAUCUCUUUUCUGACCUAUUUUUCUGUUCUCAAGAAGCUCACCUCUACCAACAUAAUCUUUUAUCAUCUUAUGGGGGAUUAAGGAGCCAAUGGAUGAAAACAUGUCCAAGCUUCAAUGAAUCAACAAAAAUUGAAAAAUCAUAAACUGGUUAAAUGUUUCUAUUUUAAAUGUUUUUUUGUUUUUUUAAGUUUCCAUGAAGACGCAGCUGAGUGGUGGUUUGCCAAUCACUUGGUUUCAGGUUCAGUCUUAAGGCGUGGCAUCUUGGGCAAGUAUCUUCUAUAGCUUGGGUGUGAAUUCAAAAGCAUCAAAAGGUCUUUAAGGCCAGUUUCUCCAGAUUCUGUAGUGUGUUUUCCCCCACUUGGACAGGACACCAGUCCCUCACAGGGUAACUCAUUUUUAUCAACUGAGUGGACUAAAGCAGCAUAAAAUGAAGUGUUUUGCUCAAGAACACAAUGCAUUGCCCUGACCGGGAACCAAAACUACAAUCACAAGUGCAACACCUUAAUCACUCCCCUCUACUUGAGUGAAUUAGAUAGAUGGAAACUGAAAGAAGCCCAUCAUAUAUGUGUGAGUUACAUAGGCAGUGUUAUUCAUUUCCAAUAUUCUGUGAAAAUAUGUCUGGCUGUGGGGAAAUAUUACCUUUGUUGGAAACAGGUGAGAGUUGACGACAGGAAGAGCAUCCAGCCACUGAAAAUGUGCAUCAAUAAACUCCAUCUGACCCAUGCAAGCAUGGAAAAAUGGAUGUUAAAAUGACAACAACAACGAUGAUGAAGAUGAUGAUGUUCUGAAAUUUGAUUUCCUGUUUCAGUCUGCAGACGCAGUUUAAUCUGGAGAUAGAAUUAUUCAUGGAAAUGGUGAUUUUUGCCUGUAAUUCAGGCAGGUAAUCAACAGAGAACACUUCUUUGCUUGAAGACAGUUCAUUCCUGGGGUCAAUUUUUGACCCUUGAGAAAUGAUGAUUGUCAAAUACCUUAGAAAGGUGAAAAUAAAAUUCCAUCACCUCCUCCUCCUUGUUGUUUUAAAGAACCAUUGUCUUCCUUUUCGUUGUGGUCAAAUUUCCAUAAAACAGAAGGGUUGACAUAAGAGAAGCCAUGCCAAAGGUGACAUAGCUCUAUGGCUCAUGAGAUCCUGCAUGGAAGGCAGGAUCAGUUAAAUGAAGACAACAAUGUUAAUAUUGAUCUUUAUUAUUUCUAGUCACUGCCACAAAGUGGUCUUGUUAGCCUCAGCAAUUAACUCCAUUUUUGAAAAAGAGAUAAUUGUUGUUGUUUGAGGUUUUACGUCAAACUCCAGCAAGAUUUCAACUUACAACGUAAAGACAGAUGAAAUACGAUCUGAGUUAAACUUUGUCUUACAUCCUUUCAGGGUCAAUAAAUUAAGUACCAGUUGCAUACUAGGGUUAAUCUAAUCGACUGGCCCCCUCCUCCAUAAUUUCGGGCCUUUUUUUUCUUCCACCCACUUCACAUUAAAUUAUUCAAAGUCACAAACACUUGAAAUCUGGUUUUACAGACUCAGUUGAAUCAACCCAAAGCCACAAAAUGUCAGCAAAAAAACCUUCUUAGAAAAAAUUUGGUUUAUUUCUUCAGAAAAGUCAAUCAACAGAUAAAAAUUUAGUUAAAAUACAAAAAAUUUUUUUGAUAUAUCUUUUUCAUAAAAAAAAAACAAAAAGUUCAAUGUUCGUAUUUUCUUUUUUUUUUAAGAUUAUUUUUGUCUUGUUUUAAUGAUAUCCAGAAAAAAGAACCUUCUCCUUCCACCCGCUGACAAGAGUGUCUCUUCUUCACUCUAAAAUCUACAUCAGAAUUGAAAAGGGUUCUGUCUACCUUUCAGAAGUAAUUAGUUAUUUCAGUCACCAAGUGGUGUCAAAAACAUUGCUUUUAGAGAAGAUUCCUCAUUAAAUAACUUUCUCCUUAACUGACCACAAGUGUCUUGUCCAGUUGACUUCAAAGAUGGAACCACUAAUCGCUGCACCGAGAGGAGUUUGCAGUAAACGGACAUCACUGUAGAACUUCCAGGAAGAAAUAUUCAAAUGGAUGGGGGUAGCUUGCAGGGGUAAAGCUGCAGCCAAUUGGGAGCCCUACACAUCAGGUUAGUUUGUUUCAGUUAAUUUGGCACAAGGCCAGCAAUUUUAAGGGGAAAGUCAAUUAGAUCGACCUCAGUAUUCAACUGGUACCUUAUUUUAUUGACCUGAAAAGGACAAAAGGCAAGGGUUGACCUUGUUAGAAAUCAAAGAACCUGGAAAGAAUCCUGCUAAACAUUUUGUCAAACUCACAAUUCUGCCAGUUUGGCACCAAAAUGACACCCAAUCAUGGAUCUUUUUGGGUUAAACAAUUUCUCUCAGAAUAAAAUACCUGAUGAGGGGUAAAAAUAAAUAAAACUGUCAUCUGUUUUUUCACAGACAAUGUGUGUGUUGUAUAUACAUAUUAAUUAUAUAUAUAUAUAUAUAUAUCUAUACACACAUACAUAUAUUUUUCAGCACAUCAAUUAGCAAACCAAAUAUUGUUCUUUGUUUCAGAGCUUUAAAAAGAAACGAAGUAAAUAAUUUUGUAAAAGACUUAGUUUAUAGUAAACCAGUGGUCUUUCUUGUUACCUCUCCAGGGUGCAAGAGUUUCCUAUUCUGGUUAGAGAGGGAGAAUCAGGUGGAACGUUUGUUUCAUUUAUCCACUGAGUUUGAAUCUCUCAUCCCAUCCCAUCCCAGACACCUAGUACUUGUGUUGGACAGUCAUCAGCUUCUUUUAAUUAAUAUCGGUUGAACCUACUUAGCAACACUACACGAGGAAGGUAUUAUUAUUAUUAUUAUUAUUAUUAUGUCACAACCAAGAUGCUCUUCUUAGUGUGUCAACACCUCACUAUUGAAAUGAAGGACAAAGGUCAAACCAUCACUAUUAGGAUACUAAACGAUUCUCUUUACAGCCAAGGUGAAGUGGGAUUUUAAAAGCAAUUUUGUGGCCAGAGUUAUGUAUCAAUGAACUGAUAUUAUUUGGAGGGGGGGGGAUAUCUUGUAUUUAUUGUUGUUAUUGACAACAGCAAUAGAAAAUAGGGUCUCCUAAGAAACGACAAUAAUCUAACAUUCAUCUUUGACAUGUUCCAGUCAUAGGACUGUGCCCAAGCUGGAGCACUGCUCUGAACAGUUUUUAGUCAAAUCAACUCCAGUACUUUUUUUUUUUUAAUCUGGUACAUAUUCAAUUGGUCUCUUUUAUUGAACUGCUAAGUUAUAAGAGGACAUAAACACACCAACACUGUCAAGCAGUAGUGGGGACAGACACACAAAUACAUGCAUAUAUAUACAAUGGGCUUCUUUUCAGUUUCCAUCUACCAAUUCCAUUCACAAGGCUUUAGUUGGUCCAUGGUUAUAGUGCCAGGCAGUGGGACUGAACCCGGAACCAUGUGGCUGGGAAGCAAGCUCCUUAACCCCACAGUCAUAAAAAUUUGAAGACAUUCUUUUUUUAAUUUAUCAAGUGUUGUCCUAUUAAGGAACAUCUCCAAUGUUGUGUCAGUUAUGGUAUUAUAUAAUAACAAAACUGUUUUAAAUGAAACUAUGAUUUAAGGGUCACCACAACAAUGUCAGCAACAAGACCUUGAUUUGCUAGAAAUAGCAGUCAAAUCUUCCUCAAAUCAAACCACACAUAUAAAACUUUUACCUAUCUUUUCACAGAAACUUUGUAUAUGUUGUGGAUUCUUCCAUUGGCUUCAAUGCACGAAGGCCUAACAACCAAUAUUACAGAUGACCCCACGCAAAGGACCUAUUUUCAAUGGUGGAGGUUUGCGAAGGAGAGCCAGACUUUUUGAAAAAGUUGAUG